GAUAUCACAAUUUCAAUGUCAUCGAUAGUAUCGAUAUUACGUCGACGUUUUUGCAGCCCUAGAUCUAGCAGUCGCAGAGAUUUUUGGGGGAGGUGCGGAAUCGCUUCUACGACUUCUUAAGCUCACAAUUUUCGCAACAUUCAACACACAAAAGCAAACGAACGAACAAAAACCCGGAGAAAGAUAACAAAACAGAACUUCUAAAAGCAACCAGACCCAGAUACAAAUCGAACGAGUUAGAGAGUCACAGGCAGAAAGAGAGGCAGAAGCAAAGGCAGAAUGGCACACACACAUCUGGGCAGGGCGGUGAAAAACAUUGAGGCACCGCGUCCGCUCAAGACACAAUCGCGUUCGUCGCUGAAGAACAGCUACAUGGUAAUUGAGGAGUUGAUACAGCUGAUUGAUAAUGUGACUGUUGGACUGCAGUCGUGCAACACGACAACGGAAUCGAUAACAUUGCUGUUGCAUAAUUUACGCGUCCAUGGACCGCAGCUGGAGGCCGUGUCCAAGGAUACGCUGGAUCGUGCAUUCGUUGUGUUUCGCAACGCUUCGCAGGACGAACGUCUUAACAUAAUGACACGACUUAAAUUGCUCGAACUGAUCGAAUUACGUGCCAAUAGCUGGGAAGACAAAGACACAAUUGCGUACUACAAGUCCAAGCAACAAGUGUCCAACGUUGAGCUACCCGCUGAACAAUAUCAACACGAUGCCGGCAACCAGCAAGCCUUUCUCAGCACCUCCCCCACAUUCGGAGUCGGCGGCAUGGGUGCAAUUGUCGGCGGCAGCGCUGCAGCUGCUGCUGCGGCUGCUUUCAAUGCCGCAACUGCUGCUGCUGCUGCACAGGCAGCUGCCAUUGCUGCGGUCGGCUCACCCAAUCAGCAGCAUCUGCUGUUGCCACCUGGUGAAGUCAUACGUAACUCCGGCAAGUUCCCGAAGCCCACCAAAAUUCCGGGCAAGACGUACUGCAAGGAUGAGGUGGUCAUACGCAAUGCAGAUUCUGGCAAGGUUAUGGGCAUUAAAGGGCGACGCGUGCACAUGAUUGAGGAACUUAGCGAAACCAUAAUAUCGUUUCAAAGAGUCAACCCUGGCGCCAAGGAACGUUUGGUGCAGAUCACCGGACCAGCCGAGGAUAAAAUCAACUACGCUAAGCAACUAAUGGAGGAUACCAUACGUCGCAACGCUUCCCCGGUGCGUCUGGAGCCAGCACCAUCGGCUGGCGGUGCCGGAGGUUCCUGCUCAUCGCUGAACUCGUCAAACUCGGAUGAUGCCGGGGGAGUACAGCCGCGCACGCCUGGCGCCAACAGCAGCCUGGCCAAUCGUUUGAGCUUCAAUUCGGCACAGAAUUUCAUGACUGCCACAGCAGCGGCACAGCAAAUGACGCAACAUCAUCAACAGCAGCAGCAACAGCAGCAUCAUCAUCACCACCAGCAGCAACAGCAGCAGUUUGCAAAUGCGGCUGCGGCGGCAACAGCUGCUGCCGGUAAAGUUUUGCGUCCCAAUCAGCAGCUGCUUAUGCAUUCAUAUUCCACAAACGAUGCUUCCGUAGGUGAAUACAAAUUCACGGUCAACGUGGGCCAGCAUCUCAUCAAGAUCACUGGUGACUGUUGCGAACUAGUGCGCGUGGCAAAGCUUGUGCUGGAUGACUAUUUUAGCAGCUCGGAGUUCUUGGCUUCCAUGGAGGCGGGCGCUGCCUUUGAUGGCACUUCCUUGGUCAGUCCGGUUACAACACCAUCCACACCACUGCCCGGCUCAGGGCCACCGCAAUUUAUGAUGGGCAAUCCUUUGCCAUUGGCUGAUAGCGGCAUCGGUCUCAAUUAUGCUGCUGGACAGGGCAACAACAAUGGUGAAGGCGAUGAUGAAGUGUUUGCCGAGCCAACAGCCAAUGGGGCUACCAAUCAGAAUGGCUUGGCACGCUCGCGUCGCAGUCAUUUCUCACGCAAGGAGUCCACGCCGGAAUCAAAGGCAGCACGCGAAAAGCUUGAAGAAGAACGAGCUGUCAAUUCUCUCAAGACGAAUACCUCACGCGUCUCGUAUGAUCUUGAUCACUUGAUGUACUACUCAAAGAGUCCACAUGCCUGGGCGCUGCCAACCGAGUGGCUGAAAAUGUUGGAAACUGUGCCGUCGAUUCUACGCAAUAAGCAUCCACAAAAAAUACAGAAGAACCCGAAAGGAAACUUCAAGUCCCAAUUAAUCAAGAUGAAUGUGCCCCCAAUAAUCAAUACGCUAGCAAUCAAAACCCUGUAACUAACAAGCAAUCACAAAUGCAAUCAAAGUUCAUAACAGUAACGGUGGAGGGGACAACCGAACGCAAGAUAAUCUCCUAUGAACGCGAUAGAGUUGAGAACAGUCAUAAUUAUCGUAAGCCCUCUUCCGAGUCUGAUCGUAAGCUCUAUAAUAAGCAAUUACAGAUAAUUACAAAUACAAUGGAGGCAUCUGCCGCAAGUAAAUGCCGCGGCCAGCAGCUGCAGCAUCAGUCACAGAUCAGGACUGAAUUCCAACGCUAUAGCGAGAACGAUGAGUUCUCAUUGGCCAUGUGUGAUGCAUACUCCAGCGAGGAGUUCAACAAUAAUCGUGCUCUUAUCUAAAUUUAGAAUUACCAUACAUUCAGACACUUUUGACAAUUAAACAAAAAAAUCAACCAAAGCUAGACAUUUAACAAAACGAAUAACAAUCAGAUCAUAAAAAUUAUGCUCAGUAAAAUUAAAAACCAAAGUAAAAACAAAGCAUUCGAAUAACAAUUUUGCUAGUCAAUAGGCUAAUAAGAAAUACACAUUAUUAUUAUUAAUAUAAUAUACAAACAUAAAAUAUAACGAAUGAAAUUAACUUGUAACUUUAAAGAAAUCUGUAUUUUGGCUGUGAAACAGAUUUAGUGUUCGCUAGAGUUAUAUACUAAAGUUGCCGGUCAACCCGAAGCAAAUCCAUUAUU